GAAUCUCCGAGUUAAGGUAGCUUCUGAGUGGAAUUUCCGUUCAGGCCUGUUUGGACUUGCUGCUCCUUCUGGUGAUGGAGAAUUCCACCAGAUAUGGCAGAACCUCUCUGCCUCAUCUCCCACCUUCCAAGUCAAGGCGGAGCGGUUACGAACCUUCUGAUACGGAGACUGACUGGCAGGAUAGUCCGUGGCGUGACCGCAAUGAAACUAACGGACCUUUGCGCAGUGAACUGCCCAGAACUCCUUUCGACCCGUUGUCAAAGAUCAGUCCCAUGAUACCCAGCCGGAGACACUCCUCCAAGAUUGAAUAUGAUGCCUCUUCUUCUACCAAGGCAUCCGGAACUAGCCCAACUAGAAGGAGGCACAGUAAGUCGCCAUACAAGCCACACAGAGGUGAUGCGGGUUCCAAUGUUCGUAGGAAUGUUAGUCCUCUAUCGAAAUCUGAGCGUUGGAGAAAUAUUUCUCCAUAUGAACCUGCAAAAGAGGACAAUGCAAUUUUGGAAAUUGAGACUAUGAGUUCGAAUAGAAAGCAAAAUCACAGAAUGCAUGAUAAGCAUACGAGUUCCAAGGAGAAGGGAGCUGAUUCACAGCUUGCUGAAGUUAGUAGAACGAGUGAGAGGCCAAAAUCCAGUCAUAGAUCAGCAUCUGCCCCAAGAACAAAAGCAGCAGAGAAGGACAGACAGAUCAACUAUGGCCGUCUGGAGCAAAGAAGUGAAAGAACCCCCUCACCGUUGGCAAAGAGCACGGCUCGGAAACAGAUUGAAUCUUCCCCCAAGAAAGGUCCCUCAGUCAGCGAAAUCAACGUAAUGGUGGCUACUGAAAGGCUCGCCAGAGGAGGAGUCCGUGAUUUUUCGAAGUUCGACAGCACGGACUCCAAUUUACCUGGGGAUAUCUUUUUCUCCCAUGAUUACACAGCCUUGGCUUUGCAGAAGAAUGUAUUGCAAAAAAACAAUGUUUUUGAAAGCAGAUUUCCCUCAAACCCAAAUCCCAAUACAAUCACCAAAAGAAAUUUGGCCACUAAUCAAAGAAGCAGAGGCAAUGAUAUUUUUUAUCAGAACACUCAAGGGAAUUUGUCCAGUACUGUUCUAUCAGGAACAGCUCCCAGCUCUGCUGUAAGCAGAGAGAGUAGUGGUAGAGUCAGCACGGGGAGUAGUAAGAUGAGUGAUGCUAGUGGGAGCUUGAAAAAAUUUACAGCCAACAGAAGAAAGAGCCAUUCAGAUGCCUGGUUUGGUUGCAUGAGGAAGGGGCCUUGCAAAACCAGAAAAUCACCUGAAAAGAGAGACGUUGAUGAAACAUCAUUUAUUCAGAAGGCACUUGUGGUGGAAAACCUGAGACAAUUUUGGGCUGAUAAGCAUCGGCCUGCUUCCUUGAAUGGUUUCACGUUGCACAAACAAGAAGCUCAACUUCUCAAGCAACUCGUAUCUAGUGAUAUCUGUCCACAUGUUCUUUUCAAAGGACCUUCUGGUUCAGGGAAGAAAGCAUUAACUAUGGCUCUUUUGCGUGAAAUAUAUGGUGAUGCAUCUUGGAAUAUUUCUCAUGAGUUAAGAUCUUUCCAUGUUCAGGAAAAAAGGCCCAUGCAAGUAGUGGUACCUUUAACAUCCAGUGCUCAUCAUGUGGAGCUUAAUGUUAACUUGGAACCACAUGCUAGACAUGCAUUGAUGGCUAUAGUGAAACAAAUCAGAAGCAAUUGUGAAAUCACCCCCGAAGUCAGCAAUGUUGAUUUCAAGGCAGAUUAUAAAGUAUUAGUUCUCUAUGAGGUUGACAAAGCAGCAGAGAAUAUUCAGUACUUGAUAAAAUGGACCAUGGACUGCUACACAGAUGCUUGUCAGCUCAUAAUGUGCUGUGAAGAUGAUGUAGAUGUCCUUGAAUCAGUGAAAAACCGGUGCAAAGUUAUUAAGCUUGAGGCUCCUGUAACUCACGAAAUUAUGGAGGUUCUUAUUCAGAUAGCAAGGAAGGAGGACUUUGACCUACCCAUGAGCUUUGCUGCUAAGAUUGCCACAAAAUCAAAGCAGGACCUGAGGAAAGCAAUCAUGGCUCUUGAAGCAUGCAAAGCACACAACUAUCCUUUCCUUGAUGACCAACCAAUUCCACUUGGAUGGGAAGAGGUCCUGGUAGAACUAGCUGCUGAAGUCUUAGUUGAUCCAUCACCUAACAGAUUGUUUUAUUUAAGGGGAAAAAUUCAAAAGCUUCUUGUGGAUUUUGUUCACCCCAAACUGAUUCUUCAGAAGCUUGUUGAACAAUUUCUUAAAGGGAUUGAUGCUAGUCAAAAGAGGGACCUUUAUUAUUGGCAUGCUUAUUAUGAUAAGAGACUUCCAGCAGGAACAAGUGCUUUACUGAAAUUAGAAGAAUUUGUGGCCAAGUUCAUGAGCAUACGCAGGAAGAGCAUGGGCAACCGUCAGUACACAUAAUUUACAUGAGCCUGAUGGUAAGUUAAUCUCUUGCUACACAUAUAUAUAAUAAUGUACUUUGUUAAGAUGUAGCUGCGUUUAGUAGAUACAUUCAUAAGUGGAGAAUUGGAUGUUUCUAAGGGUUUUAUUGGACCACAAGAGUGUAGGAGCUAAUGGGCAUAUAGAGGAAGAGUUUGAGCUAGCAGUACAUAUAAUUUGGUGGGAGGACUGUUGGUCCUCUUGCCAUAGACAUGUAAAAGUUUGUGUUAAGAUGUUGCUAUAUUUACUACUUGACAUGAAUAAUGGAAUCAUUAGAUGUUCCCAGAGGUUUUCAGUGGAAUACAACACUAAAGUUGUCCA